UCCCCGGCCUCCCAUUAGAACCUACUCUUCCCCGUUGGAAACCAGCUCCACCCCGCACAGCCAGUAGCCAUGGCUGAAGACUUGGACAUGCGCAAUGAGCUGUCGGAUAUGCAGCAACGCGCCGACCAGCUCGGAGAUGAGUCGCUCGAGAGCACUCGUCGUAUGCUACAGCUGGUGGAAGAGAGUAAAGAUGCUGGUAUCAGGACUUUGGUUAUGUUGGACGAGCAAGGAGAACAACUCGAUCGUGUUGAAGAUGGCAUGAACCAUAUCAACCAAGACAUGAAGGAGGCCGAAAAAACUUUAAAAGAUUUAGGGAAAUGCUGUGGCCUUUUCAUAUGUCCCUGUAACAAGAUGAAGAGUGGAGGCAGCAAGGCUUGGGGGAACAACCAGGAUGGGGUGGUAGCCAGUCAGCCUGCCCGUGUGGUGGAUGAACGCGAACAGAUGGCCAUCAGUGGAGGAUUCAUUCGCAGGGUAACAGAUGAUGCCCGGGAAAAUGAGAUGGAUGAGAACUUGGAGCAGGUGGGAGGCAUCAUCGGUAACCUGCGUCACAUGGCUCUGGAUAUGGGCAACGAGAUCGACACCCAGAAUCGCCAGAUCGACAGGAUCAUGGAGAAGGCUGAUUCUAACAAGACCAGGAUUGACGAAGCCAACCAGCGGGCCACUAAGAUGCUGGGCAGUGGCUAAACUCCCGGAGCAUGUUGCUUUUCCCACAAGUGCAGUUUAUCACAGGGCGCAAACAUGCUUUUAUCAUAGUAUUUACUUUCUAUGUUUGCACACGUGCAUAUAUCACCUCCCCACAUUGUAAAUGUUGUUCUGUGUAUCGUUUGUCUGUCUUUUUCAAUGAUUGUCCUCGUAAAAUAAAAUAUUUCUUAUACUCUGUAUAAUUCUUUCCAAAGGUUGUAUAUAGUGCUGACUCGAUGGCUCUAGCUCACUUGUGAAGUUUUUAUUCUCUUUAUCAAAUAUAGUAAAAACAGGUAACUGCCAAAAUAAAGGAAACACGUGAGUAAAUUAGGGUUCUUGCGGCUCUGUUAUGGUGUGGGUGCAUUUUCCUGGCAUGAUUUAGGUCCAUUCAACCCGUUCAAGGGCAAGGUAAACGCCAAUAAAUACACAGCCAUUCUGAGAGAUCACCGUCAACCUAUGGUGAAGCAUUUCUAUCGUAAUGGGAGUGGUCUCUUCCAGGAUGACAAUGACCCCAUCCACAGGGCACGAGUGGUCACUGAACGUUUUGAUGAGCAUGAAAAUUAUCUAAACCAUAUGCCAUGGC